AACCAGUGUCGGAACACAUCGGAAGUAAGCGACUUCGCUCAUCUAUCGCAAGGAUGGCCGUCAAGGUACUGCUGGUGUUGAGCGCGGCGCUGGUGGCGGCGGCGCAUGCGCAGGCGGGCGCGCUCGUGCAGCCGGGCGCCAUCACGUCGCAGCAGUCCAACAUCCUGCGCUCGUUCGGCAACCUGGGCCAGACGGCCGCCUCGUCCAAGACGAUCGAGACGCCGUACUCGAGCGUGCGCAAGGCGGACGUGCGCGUCAGCAACGACGCCAUCGCGCUGCCCGGCGGCCUGCUGGCGCAGACGCGCACCGCCCCCGCCGCCGCCGUCCACGCCGGGCCGCCCACGCUGCUGGGAGUGGCCUACUCCGCCGCCCCCGCCGUCGCCCACAUGACCUACACCAACGGCCUGGGCAUCAGCUACGCCUACUAGGCCGGACCUGCCCGCCCCCACACCACUCCACACCAGACCACCACCACGACGACGACGACGACGGACGAUGACGUCACAGCGGCAGCGGCGGCGCCGGCGGCGACGUAGCGGCGACCACGCCAUCACACCCCCUAACUCCUUCACUCACACGGCGCACUGUACAUACCUAAUAUUAAGUACAAAUAAAAUCUAUUUAUCUGCCUAA